GGCCUUCUUCUUCUUCUUCUUGUAAUAAUGCUAUCUUCUUCUAUUUCCUCUCCUGGGUGGGUAAUGUCGCAAGAUUUCGUGGUUGCUGCUCCUCCGAGCAGCAGCUUUGUGGGAGGUGAAGUUGGAGGGCCUAUGGGAGCGAGGGAUAGUGUAAUGAGCUGGGAAGACGAACCUCUACCUUACAAUGAACCCUACGCUGAGGAAGAAGAUGCUAGACCAGAGGUCCGGAUACGGAUCAAUUGCGGUGGGAUGGCGAUGACAGACAAUGCAGGGAGGUUAUGGCAAGCAGAUCCUUUUUUCACCUCCUCUUCCUCCUCCUCCUCCUCCUUCUCCUCCUCCUCCUCCCCCUCCCCUUCGCUUUCGUCCUCCUCUCCUACCCCUUCCUCGUUCCAAGCUGUGGCAUUCGAAGGAGCAUCAUCAGCGGAUGAACUCUGGAAUGCGAAGCCGGGAUCUGCUAGCAUAGGCGUGAUCCCGACGAUCCCGACCGUAGGUCCGGACGCGGUUUACCGUACCUUCCGCUCGUUCCCUCCUCCUCCCAGCGAUAGCGACCCAAUGUCCCGAUCUGAAGCUCCCCCGUCUUCGGCGGAAAGCUCCGACGCAAAAUCCGCCGGAGGGGGAGGGGGUUAUCAUUUCUUUGUUGAUGAUCAGCGCACCUACCUUGUCCGCCUGCGCUUUGCCUACUACAGCCCAACUCUGCGACUCAUCCCACAGAGUGCUGCCACCGCCUCCUCUCCUCCCAUUCUCGUUAGCUUGAACGGCGUGCGCGUGGGGGUUGUGCAGUUGUCUCCCCUCGGCCUUCGCCCCAAAGGGUAUCGGAUUGUGGACCGCGAGUUCCUGAUCACACUAUCUUCAAACCAAUCCGUGAUUACUGUUCGUCUCGACCUCGAUAUCUCCAACUCUUCCUCCUCCUCCUCCUCCUCCUCCUCCUCCUCCUCGUUCGUAGAGGGAAACGGGAUCCGAUCUGCCGAUGGCCCAUGGGUAAAUGCCGUAGAGAUCCUUAGUCAGAACAAGAGCAAGAACCCUCUCUCCUCCCCCGGAAUGCGGCUGACCGACCAGGUGAUGCUGCGUCUUGAGCGCCGCCUCAAUGCCGGCGGCCCGGAUAUUGCCGACGAUGCGGAAAAUGCCUAUCGAUGGGAGAGUGAUGUGAGGAAUGCAAGUAGCAGUAGAGGAGGAGGAGGAGGAGUAGGUAGUCUCCAGAAGGGCGACGUUGCACGCGCAGGAGGAGGUGGUGGUAUAGAGGAGAAGGAGGAGGAGGAGGAGUUUUGGUUCCGUCCUCCGGAUGCGCCGGCUUUCGUGUUUAACACAUCCGAGCCCAUCCAGUUUAUAACAAGCUGGGUGGAUUCGAGAGUCUAUAAGUCUUUGAGAAGUCCGGCGAACGCAAGCAUAGAGACGUCGGGAUGGCUGGAGUACGCGUUCGAUCUCCCUGGAGAUUGCCGACAGUUCAUCGUCGCGAUCCAUGCCCAUCACCGCGGCGCUUGGGGGCGCAGCGAACGCCAAGAAGUGCAUUUCGAUGUCUUCUUCGACGAGGAAUACAUGAGCACCUACUCCUCUUCUUCCUCCAUCGCCGAGAUCAAUCUGUUCAAGCCGGGAUCUGCUAAUCAAAGCCGGUUCAGGGUUGGUCUGGCCACCACAGAUGACGGGUUUGAGGCCCUACCGUUCACCAACGGGAUCGAGAUCUACGCUAUCAUCCCGGUUUACGGACCCACUCUCACCGCUGAUUGCCUGGCUUACGCAAAGGUCGUUAAUUCUUCCCUCGAUUACUUGCAUGAUCCUUGUGUCACUUCGAAAAUCUACGGCCUGCAGUGCGAUUACCCGAUUUCUUCCGUCUUUCCCAACUACUACUCUUCCUCCCUCUUCUCCUCCUCCGCUGCCUCCGCCUCUCCUCCCGCCUCCCCUCCUCCUCCCCCUCCCUCUCCCACUGUUGUCGCCGUUAAUUGGGGCUACGCUUUCAUGCGCACCAUGGUCUCCGCGCCCGAUUUGAGCCUCUUGCCCUUGUUUAGGAAUCUGAGGGCUCUCCGCCUUGGAAAGAACAACCUGACGGGGGAGUUGCCUGGGGAAUUCGGCGCCUUUCCUGUUUUGGAAAUUCUGAACGUAACGGAGAACAACUUGACAGGCCCUUUCCCGAUUUGGAUAAACAAUGUGACCACGUUGCGAGUCGUGGACCUCUCGUUCAACGCCUUCGUCGGGACCGUUCCGAUGGAGGUCGGCGCGCUUCCGGCGCUUGAAGUGCUCGAUCUCCGCGGCAAUCCCAAUCUGACAGGUGUCGUACCGAUCGGGAUCUUCCAAAUUCCGACCUUGAAGCUGCUGCGGCUUGAUGACACGGAUCUGGAGCUGCCGCGCGGCGUAGUGUGUAAUCACACGGGCUCGGAGGCAGUCUGGCGCAGGGGGGGGAAGUCGAGCGACGAUCAGACGCGCCAUCAGCAGCAGCUAGUCUGCACAUCGACCCCGAGGGUGGAGGACAAUACCGUCGAUGGUAUCAGUACGAUGGGAGAGGGGUCCGGACUGGCCGUUGGAGGAGUAGUAGGAGGAGGAGGAGGAGGAGGAGGGGAGGACUCGCGAAGUGCCAACAAUUCUACGCUAGCAUCAGAUAACAAAAGGUGGAAGAUUAUUCUGUUAACGAUGAUCGGUCUGUCUCUCGUGAUCGUGGUCGGAGUGUGCUGCUUUGUCGGAUUCACGCUGAACAAGCGGAAAGGAAGAGAUAGCAUGAGAAGGGGAAAGGGAGAGGGAGGGGGGUUGGGAUCGGGAUCGGUAGUUGCGAAAGCGCUUUUGGGAAGUGGAGGAACGUUGACAACGACAACUUUCCCAAUGAGGCCGCCUUUCGUAGGGGCAGGGGGGGGAGGGGGAGGGGAGGGAAUGAUGAGUGGGGCUGGGGGGCGUCGAGGAGGAGGAGGAGGAGGAGGAGGAGGGGAUGUAGUUGAAGGAGGGGGGGGUGAUUACAGGGCGGAAAGAGACGCCGCAAUCAAGUUGGAAUUGGGACAGAUAGCGGGACAGCUGGCGGCGCGAGAUCAGCCUGUGAUUAGUUUCACGUGGGACCAGCUGAGCGUGAUGACGAGCAAGUUUUCAAAAGCUUCCAUUUUAGGAAAGGGCGGCUUCGGGUGCGUGUACAGGGGGGAGUUUUGGACCGAAAGAGCUGCUGACGUGGCAGUGAAAGUGCUGUCCCACUUUUCCCGCCAAGGCAAAGUGGAGUUCGACAAGGAGAUCCGCGUGUUGUCAACGGCGAGGCACACCAAUCUUGUCAGAUUGAUUGGAUAUUGCCAUGAAAGUUCCCGAGAGAGGUACGCUUUGGUGUACGAGUUCAUUGGGAACGGAUCGUUGAAGGACCACUUGGCCGGGAAAACGGCGGGCGGGCAGGUGCUUCCGCCGAUGACGUGGCGGUCGCGACUCAAUGUGGCAGUCGGGGUCGCGCGCGCGCUGGCGUACUUGCAUAAGGGGAUCAAGCCCGCAGUUAUACAUCGAGACGUGAAGGCGGAGAACAUACUGCUCACACAGAAUGGGGAGGCGAAAUUGGGAGAUUUCGGAAUUGCCAGACUCGUUGACCCGAAGGACACUCACGUCAUCACCAGACCUAUGGGCACAGGAGGGUACCUUGACCCAGAGUACCAUGAAUCACAGCGGCUCACAGACAAGAGUGAUGUAUACAGUUUUGGCGUUGUGCUUCUUGAACUGCUGAGUGGAAAACGCGUGCAAUCGAAAGACAUUGGUGGUCAAACGCUUGGCCUUGUAGAGUGGGCGCGUCAACUGGUCGCCAAGGGGGAUCUCGCAGAGUUCGUGGACCCUACUAUUGGGCGCGAUGGACCCGAUCAUCGAAUGAAGACGUACGAAAAGUUUGCGACUGUGGCACUCGAAUGUUGUGGUCAGCAACAACAGCGGCCACCAAUCAGGCAUGUUCUUCGAGAUCUUGAGGUGAUGUGGGAUCGGGAAAUAGGUUUUGCUCAGUGAAUGUCCUAAUAUCAUACAUGAAAAGCCUCUUCAGCGCUACUGUCAUAUCCUGCGCCGAUUUGAGUUCUACUCGUCCUUCUUCAUUGUGGGGAGCCUUGUAGUUUGGGUGGUGUACUCUUACCUACUUUGUCAUGCGGAGGCUCAUAGUAUUUGGGUGGUUGAACUACCCAGUUUUGUGUUCGAUACUGUCUAUUUCAAACCCCCCCCACCGUGGCCCCAGCGCACCUAUUUAAGUUUUGAGGCUAUUUUGAUUUGUCCAUCAUGCUGGAUCUGACGGCUGUUCCGGACGUGGGGAUCAAGGUCUUUGUGAGGGGAUCACAAUCCGGACCGUUCAUUUGGUUUUGUGGGCGCAUUCACCAACGGUCGAGACGUGGGGAUCGAGGUCUUUCUGAGGGCAUUCGCCAACGAUCGACAGCAAGAAAAGGGUUGCGACGCCUGGCCAAGCAAGGAAAAGCCUAGUGACACUCAUCAGCAGCACCUCUCUGCGAGAGUUCAGUGGCUGUUGGAGUGAUUUCUACUUUCCAGUCUUUUCUGCGCUCUGUGUGUGAGUUCCAAAUGGGCUCCCUCCCUCCCUCUCUCCCUCCCUCUCCUGUCAGGUAUUGAUCUGGUGGACUGCCGACAGCUUCCCCUCAGCUUCAUUUUGUUAGGAUGGAAGUCGAUCGGAUGGGAGUUAAGGAAAGGUGGUUGCAAAGAGUUCAGCUGAAUCACCAAGGGGCCUAGCUCAGUUGGUACACUCAUGAACUGUUGAAGUACAGACCGGAGUUUGAAUCCAGAUACAGGCACUAACCUACCUUGGGCCAGUCACUUCAACAUGAUGAUAUCUCAAGGCCAUCGCCCUUUUGGAGAACAGAAGGAAAGGAGCUGAUUGCCCGCCCGCAUAAAGAAUAGGCGUGGAGUCGCCGUGGACUGGAAGCAGCAGCGAUCUCCUAAAAUAAUGAGCAGGUAAGCCGCCUUUGGGUGAUUGGAUGGAUAAAUGGAUGGAUGGAUAGACGGAUGGAUAGAUGGAAUGGAUGGAUGGAUAGACGGAUGGAUAGAUGGAAUGGAUGGAUGGAUGCGGGAUUUUGCAAAUAUGACCUCACUCUUGGAGGUUGACUGGAUGGAGUUAGGCAAUUGACAAAGAGUGGAGAUGACUCGGCAGCUUAAGGCACCGGGGUGGACGGUAAAUGACAUCGAGCUCCUAUCAUAAUCAUGAGCAGCAGCAACGCGAUUGUAAGUUGUAACAAGUGAUUAACAACCUUUCUUGUGCUUGAGCUCAAAGUCAUACACAUCAUUCUCUUGGCGCCAUGGAAUCAAGGUAGUGUUGAGUUUUGGAUGCGUCUUAAUCCACUUCAAAGUCUGAUGAUCUGAAUACACCUUGAACUCGCGGCCAAGCAGGUAAUGAUUCCAAUACUACUCUGGCUUUGGAUGAAUAGAUGGAUGGGAUGAAUAGAUGGAUGGAUGGAUGGGAUGAAUAGAUGGAUGGGAUGGAUGGAUGGAUGGAUGGAUGGAUGGAUGGAUGGAUGGGAUGGAUGGAUGGAUGGAUGGAUGGGAUGGAUGGAUGGAUGGAUGGAUGGAUGGAUGGAUGGGUGGAUGGAUGGGUGGAUGGAUUGUCCAGUUUUGGCUGCGUCUUAAUCCACUUCAAAGUCUGAUGAUCUGAAUACACGAACUCGCGGCCAAGCAGGUAAUGCCUCCAAUACUACUCUGCCUUUGGAUGGAUGCAUGGAUGGGAUGAAUAGAUGGAUGGAUGGAUGGGAUGAAUAGAUGGAUGGAUGGAUGGAUGGAUGGAUGGAUGGAUGGAUGGAUGGAUGGAUGGUAUGAAUAGAUGGAUGGAUGGAUGGAUGGAUGGAUGGAUGGAUGAAAUGGAUGGAUGGAUGAGAUGGAUGGAUGCGGGAUUGGCACAACAACCUAUUUUAGAGGCUGAAAGUGCAUGUAAUGAAGGCUUAUGGAAGUC